AUGAAGACCAAGGCGAGGAUCACUUCUGGAGUCAUGGGCUCUAUGUUAGGGGUGUUUGCUCACCUCCAAGGAGGCCAGGAUGCUGCGGGACACCGCUAUGAGGGGCUGAGGCAGGAGGAACAGCUGGGAAGGCGCUGGGCCAGCAGCGAGCAGCAGCUCCGAGGCUGGAGGGUUGGCACCCUGGGCUGCCCGCAGGCAGCAGGUGUCCUAGACCUCAGGGCCCUGUUCUCUUCGCUGUGGCCUGUGAGGCCUCUUAGCGGCCUUGCUCGCUCUGGCUCCACCCCCAAGAGUCAGGAACCUGCUGGGAGAGAACCCCCUGAGGCAACCAACGACUGCUGUCCCCCUGUCAGUCGGGGCCACACCGUGGGCAGACUCAGGCCCGUAGAGGCACCACUGGCUUGUCCAUUGGUGCAGACGCACGUCCCAGCCUACGGGGCGGCAGGCCACCCCUCGGGGCCCUCAGGUGAUACGGAGCAAGAAAGGGCCGGGGCAGAGGAGCUGCUGCUCGGGGCGGGGCCUGGGGCCCACAGCACGCCCGCCGGGUCAGAGAGGCUGGAUGGUGGCUGGACUGGGCAGGCAGCUGGGGGGCGCUUGCUGCCUUCACGGGAGCAGAGCGGGUGGAAGGAGGGCACGGGGGAAGGCCACCUGGCGGAGCCAGGGUCGGCUCAAAGGCUGGCGGCGCUGCUGCGGGCUGUGGCAGGUCGGCUCAGGGCCGCCUCCCAGGUGUGA